UUAAAGCGGUAGGCACCCUUUUCUGUGUGGGAAGGCGUCUCCUGCUUCAGGGCGGGCCUCCCUUUCCGUCGCCGCUGAGGGGAAAGAGGAGGAGGAGGAGGAGGAAGGGAGGCAGGGACGGCGUCUCCUGAGGCAACAACAUGCCGCCCGGGCCUUCCUCCUCCUCCGGUUGAGGAGACCCCAAAGGAAGGAGUGAGGGAAGGCGGGCGGGCCGCUCUGCCGCCAUGAGGGGCGCCGCCGAGGAGCUGGAGGGCUUCGACGGGGAGGCCUCGAGCAGCUCCAUGAUCUCGGGCGCCAGCAGCCCCUACCAGCCCACCACAGAGCCCGUCGGGCAGCGCGCCGGCAUCCGGGGCCUCCGCUGCGACGCCCAGUACCUGCGGAGCGCGCCCGGGAGGCUCAAGGCGGCGCAGGCGGUUUUGGCACUGAUUUCCUUUAUCUGCAUAGAGACGAUAAUGGAAUGCUCCCCUUGUGAAGGCAUUUACUUCUUUGAAUUUGUCAGCUGUAGUGCAUCAGUAGUUACUGGAGUCCUGUUACUUAUGUUCUGUUUAAAUCUCCAUGCAAGAAUACCACAGAUCAACUGGAACAUUACAGAUUUAGUCAAUACUGGACUCUGCACUUUCUUCUUUUUCAUUGCAUCGGUAGUACUUGCGGCUCUUAACCAUAAAAAAGGAGCAGAAAUUGCAGCUGUGAUAUUUGGUUUCCUAGCGACUGCAGUCUAUGCUGUGAAUUUAUUUCUAGCCGUUAAAAAUUGGAGAAUUAACAACCAACAGCAAAAUGGCCGACAAACCAGUGAUUAUAUUCGUGCUCGGACAGAAUCCAGAGACGUAGAUCAUCACCCAGAGAUUCAACGUCUUGAUGGGUGAAAAUAACAUACAAAUUGUGAUGUCUGUGAAGAAGGAAACCAAAUAGAAGCCCGCAGACCUUUUAAAAUACUAGUGUUCACUUUUUUAGGAAAUGAAGGAGGCGCAUGUGGUCAGCAAGAGCACUGCCAUGUACAGUGAGUAGGAGAAGGAUUGAGAAGUCAUUGACAUGAAGGCUCUAAAGAUUGACCUUUUCAAAUGAAGAUAUUUGUGUAUAAAGGAGGAGGAAGAGGAAGAGAAGGAUCGAUUGCAAUGACAAACUCUCUUGGUGCACAUUGUUUUGCUGACUUAACAGACCCAGAGAGAAGAAAGUUGAUAUCCUGUCUACAUUUGCACCAUCCAGUAGAAGCAUCCGAAUUAAAAUCGGCAAGAGGUUCUGCUUUUGAAAGAGAGAGCAUCCAACGCUAGGUACAAUGUACUGGGGAGACAGAUAGCAAUAACGUAAAACCAGUUACAUGGUUGCACAACUCCAGAUAUUUCCCUGACAAGGUUUCCCAAACAAUUUCUUCAUACACUCCUGUAGUUCUGAUAUUUAUCUGCCACAAACAACUAUGUCAAACUUUUAGCUAGAGGAUUAUUUAAAUGACUUCCUAAACUGCAAAAAAAAAAAAAAAGCACAAAGAUUGCUCUGUUUGUAACAACUAGGUAUGAACUAAGAUUUACUUUCUGUGUUUAGUACUUUAAUUUCCUUUUCUGCUAUAAGAAAGGAUAAUGCAAAGUUUUUGUUUCCCAACAUAUAAAAUGAAACAUUCCCCCUUUUUGUUCACCUUUGGAAGCAUCAGGAUUUAGACCUUCUUUGGUUUGGCACAAAACGAAAGUUGGGCCAGGUCCACAGAAGCAGCAAUAGCAGUCACAAAAAUACAGUAAUCUAGAGACUAUAAAAGUUAUCUCUUGCUGGGAGUCUCUAGGAAACUUUGUCCAAAACACUUUGUGAAACUUUUUGUUGGCAUUUUACUAAAUGGUACCUUUCAUGCUGGAAGGUGGCACUUCCAUGGCAGAUUCACCAAUUGUGCAGGCCUUCUUCUUUCAAUUCCCCAAACAACUGGCUUGAAAAAUAGUAUUUGUGAUGCUCAUAAACAACUUAACGAGUUGACCGUUCCAUCCUUCAGAAUGGGAUGUACCCAAGGCUGUCCAUAGUGCUUUGAGGAACAUGUAACUCUCCCAUUUCUGGCCACUUUUCGUGACUCUAGUCAUUUUGGACUACAACUCCCAUCUGCCUUGGAUCGGUUCAGUUAUUAGGUGGGGACAUGAGACCCUUGAGAGGAUGAAAAUGUGACCAAAUCCCUCUGUUUCCCUGAGCCCUACAAUUUCUAAUCUUGGGGAUAGGAAUAAGCUCAGCCUAUACAGAGCCUCCCUCACAGUGGCUCCAAAAACGUUAAAAAAUAAAUUUAAUGUUUCUGAUGCAAAUACGUCAAAAGGAAAACUCAAGGGAGAAACAGUUACUUAAAUGCAAAGUUACGGUUGCUGUGGGCUGUGUAUGUAUGCUCACAAAUGUGUGGAAGCUUCAGUGUGAUCUGUUUAAGAAACAUUUGCUUCCUAUGAUUGCCAUGUACAAA